AUGUCCCGUGCAGGGGUGCCCGGGGAGCUCAUUACAGCCAUUGUUCUUACAGUCUGGACACAGCAAUGGGAGGCCAGGGGCGACAUCGUCUUGCCAGGGAGAAAACCAGGCCAUGAGGGACGAUGGGACUUGGUCUCUGCCUCGCUGCUUCGGGGAAGGCUCUGUGACUUCUGCGCCCGUGUGCUGUGCACUGUCUUCUCCUUCCUGGGGAGUGAGGUGAAGACUGCCAUCUGGCCCCCGGAUGCAAGGAUUUAUCCUUCGUCCACCUACGUCCGGCAGCUGGAGUCCAAAAUGAGGCUUCUGGAGGGUGACAAGUUCCUGGCACAGCAGGCGGGCCCCGGAGAGUACCGGACGCUGCGGAAAGGUUUCUCACCCUACCACUCGGAGUCCCAGCUUGCGUCCCUGCCGCCCCCGUACCCGGACUCCCUGCAGAACGGCCCAGCCUGCCCCGCCUCUGAGCUACCCUCGCCCCCCUCUACCAGCUACAGCUCUGCGGGGCAGAAGCCGGAGGCUGUCGUGCAUGCCAUGAAGGUCCUGGAGGUGCACGAGAACUUGGACCGGCAGCUCCAGGACAGCCACGAGGAGGACCUGAGUGAGAAGGAGAAAGCCAUCGUGCGUGAGAUGUGCAACGUGGUCUGGAGGAAACUGGGAGACGCCGCCAGCUCCAAGCCCUCGAUACGGCAGCACCUGUCCGGCAACCAGUUCAAGGGUCCCUUGUAGGGCUGUCCCCCUGUGGACGUGGACGUGGACUGGCCCUGCCUGGCGGGCCCUCUGGCUGAGCCACUGUCUCCUUUCUCUGUGGUGAACUGUACAUAGCACGCUGCCCGCCCUGGCCUGCCGCCAUGGGCCCCACGCACAGGCCCGGGCCUUACACACCAGAUGUGGCCGGCCGUUC